AUGGCUGCGGCCGACACUGGGCAAGAUGAGAACCCGAGUACGCGAUGGACCAACUUCAACCCUAGUUUCCUCGCCUUCAUCAUCGUCUGCGGCUUGCUCUCCAUCUUCUUUCUCAACUAUUUCAACAGGGUAUUUGCAUCCGCCGUAUCCUACCUCAUUCGCCUCUACACAUGGCACAAACACAAGAUAUGGGUCGAUAUCCAAGCCUUGCAGGUCUCUCUACUUGCUGGUCGAAUCUUCUUCACUGGGUUUCGCUACCACGGAAACAACGAGACCAUUUUGAUCCAAAAUGGAUACAUCACCUGGUCUUACUGGCUAUGGAGGGUUAGGGAUGUCGAUCUUGCCUUGCCUAAGCCCGAACACGAUGCCGCAAACAAGGAUACCGAGAAUCCUGCAGAACCGAAAGACAAGUCUAGCAAGCUGCCGUGCCGUAUCAAUAUCGCCAUUUCCGGUCUAGAGUGGUUCAUCUACAAUCGCACCCCAGUCUACGACUCCCUUCUGGCAGGCAUGACAGACGCCGUCAACCUGGACGAGCAGCAUGCCGAUGAUUCAGACAAGGGGCAUAAUCAUCCACGGCAGAGGUUGCAGAAGGCUUCGCAGAAGGUUGAGGAGCAGCUCAACAAGCUGGACUCUAAAGUCUCAGCCGACAAGAGGCGCUCGGAAACAUCUGACGAAGAGAAACUUUCCGCUGAUGCUCAUCGUCUUGCCUCCGCUUUGGCCAACCAGGACGACGGGGCCUCCACGGGCGACAGUGAGAUGCCCUUGAUGUUGCAGCUUCUUCCAAUUCAUUUCGAAUGUGACAAAGGUGCUGUAGUAAUGGGUAAUGAGAACACCAAGAGUAUUCUCAUCAUCAAAACUAAGUCCUUUUCUGGCGAGAUCGAUGCGUCAGGAUGUGAAACCCCCGACCCCUAUAGGCAAACUUUCAAGAUACGUCUCGAACAUCCAGUGGUUGAGAUGAAGGAAAAUGAAAAAUACCAGGAAGACCAACUGACUAGGGCCGUCAAAGACAAGCAGGCCGUUCUUGGCACUGGACCCGGUCGGUACCGUCCAUUCUUUCGAAGGCACCGCCGGAGAGUGCUAGGCAAGUUACGCGAUAUGGUUCCCUACUGGAGAUCAUCCGUCGAAUCAUUCUCUGUGCACUCCAGACAUGGCACAACACACGCAGAAAACCAGCUGCCUGGCUCAAAUCACUGGCAAGGGCUUUCCAGGUAUCUCAACGACGACGAGGAGAAUGACAAACUGCGAUGGUCGUCCAUAGAGUAUGCUGCUGUAAGCACAGUCAUCGACAGCCCCGAAGCAGUCCUUACCAUCUUCUGGGACGUCCCUGGUAAAGUAGUAAAGGGUCCUUCAAGUAUGCUAGAAGCUGGGCAUGAACGUGACAAUAUCAAUGGCGCGGCACCUCCUGCCUGGGCGAUCAAUUUGACCCUCGGUGGCGGCGUUAUUAACUACGGUCCUUGGGCAGACAGACAUCGAGCUGAGCUGCAAAGAGUUUUUAAUCCUUCCCUGAGCAAGGAUGGGAAGGCAGCCACAAGACUUCAGAUUGGCGCAGACCGUAUCCCAACUCAGUUUAAACUCUAUGUGGAAAUCGAUAAGGAAGUCACCCUGAGAAUCCCAACCAGAGAGGAUUCCAAAAAUUGGAAAUGGAAGAAAACGGCUGCGGAUCUGCAGCAGCAUCAAAAGCAGGAGCAGGGACGAGGCAAGAAAGAUAACAAGGAGAAAUCUGCGAGCGCUGCUGCUCAACAGCGUCCCUAUGGGUGGCUUGACAUCAAAGUUGCGGCAAAUGCUACUAUUUCCUACUCGAUGGACAUGUUAGCUAGCUCUUCAGGCUAUCAUAACACUUUGAACGUAAAUCUCCCCUCGACUGAGAUCUCGACAAGCGUCAACCACGGCACUCUAUGGAAGUCAGGCGCUCAACGUAUCUCGUGCGACAUGUCUAAUCCGCUCAAGUGGAACAGCUUGCGCAAAUGGACCUUUGACGUUGCCGGCGACGAUCUCGAGCUGUUCAUACUCAGAGACCAUAUCUUUCUGCUUGUUGAUCUUAUUGAUGACUGGGGAAGCGGUCCUCCCCAGGACUACCUCCUAUUUGUCCCCUUUAAGUACUUCUUAAACAUCCAAUUCCGCAACCUCAAACUAUAUCUUAAUGUCAACGAUGUGAACAUCGUUAACAAUCCAACUGAAAUGGAGGACAACACCUAUCUAGUCCUAUCCAGCCCGUUGCUGAAAGCGGAUACAUGUAUAUCUCUAGACUCAUACCGUCCUAGCAAGAACGCGGUACCAUUCAACAUACAAGCAGAUAUGCUUGACCUUGCGUUGCACCUACCAACAUGGAACACGCAAGCAACGUUUCUGACUUCGAAAGAUGUCGGCCACCUAGAGAAUCUGGCACUUGACGGCAAAUACCACUACAACACAACGACAUCGCCAGCCAAUACCGAUACUCUCGUUCUCAAUGCCAGCGGUCAAUCGCUUGUUGUCACGCUUCAUGGCUUCAUUAUUCGGUACUUUUUACAGCUGAAAGACAAUUACUUUGGUGACCAUGUCCAUUUUAAGACUCUGGAUGAGUACCAAGAACUUCUGCGUCUCAAAACAACCAACCCAGACGCUGAAGCCGCAACCCGCCCGCCGCAUAAAAAGUCUAACGACUUAGAUGUCGUGCUGGGUAUUCGAUGCGACGACCCAAAGGUUCUUCUACCCGCCAACUUAUACUCUGCAAAGCGCCACGUAACUAUAGAAGGAGCUGGGCUGGCGGCUGAUCUCCGCUUUACUAACUACUACAUGGACCUUGACCUCAAUCUGAGCCCCUUGAGUCUUGCUCUUGGCAAUGAUGAAGAUGGUGCAGUCAGUCCAACGAGCACAACUUCGAGUACGCAGAUGUACAUUGACGGCCUUUCAAUCUACGGUUCGCGCUUGUUCGGUUUACCCCCGACUGAGCCUACUUAUAUGUGCAACUGGGAUUUAUCCAUUGGAGCCAUCACAGGCGAAUGCACGACAGAAUUCUUGACAGUGCUUGCGAAUGGUGGCAAGGCAUUUGGCUUUUGUCUUGACGACGAUGAGAACGCUCUUAUACCGUACUCUUCCGUGGUCAUGUAUGAUGUGACAUUCUUACGCGUGUUUGUUCACUCCAUUCAACUAUGGUUACAUGUGGAUGACGCGGCGUUUCUGCUAUCUACUGACCAUAUCGAUGUGAAUUAUAAUGAUUGGGCUAGGUCACAUUAUUCCAAGCGAGCUAACGUCCAGGUUCCCAGCCUCCAAAUUGCCUGCGUCAAUUCCGAGUCCGCUGCGAGGCACAAAUCGCGGCUUCAUAGCGACGUGGAAACGGACGGGGUUCUGAAGACAAGUAUCACAUUCGGCAUGAUUGGAAGGAAAUCCGAUUUCACAGAGGCGAGAAAACUACAGCAAGCCUUGGUUCGCCGAGAAGACCAACGUACACGUCGUACAGAGUUCCUGCUGCUACCGCAAUUUCUUGAUUCCAAUAUCCCCGAUGCCGUUGAUGAGCCUGCUCAGAGCGUGCCUAGUAUACCACAACCGGUUGUGCUUAAUGAUGAGCACGCCGAGAAAGAGACACUCUCCUCCUUAGGUUCUAUUCGUCAUGCUCAACGAUCUUUGAACCGCAAGAGCUCAUUUCUGUCAUUCUCAACUAUGAGUGAUAAGGGCAUGACACGGCCUGGAUCAAUCAAUGUUUUGCAGCCCACGACAGAUAUGGGUCGAAAAGCUUCCAAUUCUGGACAACAUACUCGGAGCACACAGCCACUGUUCCAAGACUAUUCUGCCUCUACCGGCCGGCGCUCACCUCUCAAGGACAAGCCUGCGGGCCAUUUUGAUCGAAAAGAUAUGGCACAUAAUAUGGUCGCGUUCUCAAGCCAGUUCGUUGCUCCAUAUUUCCCACUUGAGAAUGUUCGUCCAGAAACAAGGGAGGCCGCCUUCCAAAGCAUAGAACAAGAGGCUGAGGAAGCUCCUGACCCGACACCUUUUGGGCUUGAAGACAUAGAUCCGGAGCAUCUGGGUGAAGGCAAGGCCUACUCGAGUUUUCUCGUUGAGUUGCCCAUAGGCGUAACUGCGUUUCUUAAUCCGACUUCUUUGAAGCACAUCGCUGCCUUGAUUGGUGCACUGCAACCGACGGAACCCGACGACAUUCUCGAUGGCCUGCAAAUUGAAUCAAUGUCAGACAUCUUCGAUGCUCAAAAACAGAAAAGCCUUGACGGUAGUAUUAAAGAUUUUGUAGUCCGGAUUCCCCAAGCAAACCUGCGAUUUCUAAAUUGCUCUGAUCUCGAUUCGCCAGUUCCUUCACAAGAUGCACAAGAUCAGUACGAUUUCUCCAUCACAAAACUUGCCUUAGCUGCUCGUACGGAAGCACUUUCUUCCCAGCUGAGAAUGAACAAUGAAAAGGCCAGAAGUUCAUUUCACCUUCGGCUUGAGUCCGCUGAAGUAUCGGCCGCAGAACGAUUCGCCAGUCUCAACGAAACUCAUGCGGCAGUCAAAGCCAAUAUUGAGCGCGUCUCAGUCUCGAUGGCUUCCAAAGAUGUGACGUACAUUGAUGGCGAUGUUGGCAGCUUCCGCACGACGUCGUCCUCGGAUAAGAUCGGAUAUCUGGCCGCGCUUAUUCACAGAAGUAGCACACUUGGAUCUGAGACGGCAUCUAUGUUUUCCGAUGUCUCUUCAAUAGGCGACCAGCGCAUCAAGUACCUUGUGUAUCGCUUGAUGGUGGAAAGCAAUAAAGUCGGAGACCCGUCUUUCAUCGUCAGGCCCUCGGCAAUUCUGAGAGCAGCGAACGAGCACUUGAGGACGUACGAUUCAUGGAAGCUUGCUUCAAGACUUCGCCAACUAUGGACUGCGUCAAACAUCAAAACCAGGGAGCAGCUACGACUGGAUUGCUUGGCCUCCAAUCUGACCUAUCCCGAUGAUGCCAGACAAAAAGUGACAGCAGCCUUCCAGAAAUGGAGAAAUUGGGAUCUGGAUAACAUCAACGGUUCGGAGCUCAUGAACAAUACUUUUGGGAAAGUUGUGUCAGCUGCGCAGUUGAUGCUGGACAGAGCCCCUAUGAUGGCCGUUCUCCGCUUACAAGAGGGUGCGUUCGUGUUGGAUCCUGGUCCUAAACAAAAUCAGAUCUAUGUUGUGGACAUCACCACAAGGCUAGUUUCCAAGUCGACGAAAUUGGACGAGACUCAGAAGGCCACAGGUAGCGCCCAAGGUCUUCUGACCAUUGUGAACACAUAUUGUGCACAGGCAGGUGUCAACCUCAACUGGGAGCUCGUUGAAUUAGCUGAGGAUAUUCUACGUCUAUACAUCAAAUCCGACACCCAAACAAAAAUGCAAAGCACUGCACCUGUCGAUAGGCCAUCUUCACAACCCGGCAAGCCAAAGCAGCUCAGUUCAACCCAUGUCGUAUUUGGUCUUGGGCAAGGGUCAAUAUUCCUGGAAACGGUCAAUCUCAAGUCUGAUGUUCAGAGUAACGGCAUGAAGAUCUCGGUGCUAAUGGCAAACCGGGAUGGCUUCACAGAUAACAACGCAAUCCUUGCAUGCGAUACUGUCACAACGAAACUACGAAGCCAUCAACAACAUUUAGGUACUCUUCGUUUACACGGUCCGAGUGUCUUUGUCUCCCAUGACCUGCAAUUAGCAAACUUCACUUCGGUACACACAAUAAAAGCGACUGCAAGCAGCGAGGAUUUGAGACUGGUCGUCAAACAAGACCCAACAAUGCUCUCAGAAGUGCUCGAUACUGUUGUAAGAGACGAGCUUGCUCAACUGUACCAGAUCAAACAGCAACUUCCCACAACCCCCGAAUCUGCACCUCAAAAAAGCAAAAUUUCAGAGCGCUUGUCCUCAGUCCACGUCAAUCUAGCAAUGUUUCUCAAGUCGUAUACAAUUACAAUCCCGCUUUUGCGCUCCCUUACUUAUACGAUCCAAGGCGUUGUGGCAAGAGCCGCCAUGGCGGCCAACUUUGGCAAGGAGAUCAUAUUUGAUUUUGACAUCAAAGAGAAUUCCCAUAACAUGCAGAUAAGGGUUAACAACGAGCUUCGUAGCAUCUCUGUGUUGCAAAUCCCGCCCACAAAUGGUCGCAUAACGAGUCAGAUGGGCCAAGAGGACCAUUCGGUAACAGUGUUUGCUUCAGUGGAGCUCAUACAGCUUGAUGCGUCUGCAGUCUAUAGCCUAUUGAGUGCCCUCAAUCGGCCUGAGGUAUCCAAUGCCAUCAAUGAUUUGCAGCAACAGGGCAAAGUGCUACGACAGCACAUCGGGGAGGUUUUCGGAGACACCCCUACCGCUCCAGAUGUGCCUUUGAUGACUUCUCCUAAGUCUGAGGCGAAGAGAUUAGUCUAUGUUGUUCAUGCCACACUGGCUGGAAUAGAAAUCUUCGGUCAUGCUCCAAUCAAAUCCGACAACGAGCCUAUGGCUCACUUGUCAUUCUGCCUCGCAAGCGUUCACUUCGAAGUGGCCAACAGACUUGAUUCUCGUGGUCCAGUUCUUGAAAAUCCUGAAAUACAUGUUAAUCUCCGUCGAAUUCUAUUUGAUGUUCAAAAAGGGGGCAGCGAGGAGACAAUGAGGACCUGUGGCAACGUAUCUUUCGGUGCUCUCGUCACUGCAACAACAAGGGAAUUGGAGGAUGGAACAGAUCGCAGAUCAUUCGAGUUUCGAAGUGAUGGCUUGCAGGUAAACCUCUCAGCAGACACAGUGUCUACUUUUGUGGAUGUCCUGGGUUACAUGGGUGACAAGAUCAAAGACCUCGAUUCUAUGAGAGAGAUUGAAUACUUGCAGAAAAGGUUGCGACAGUCUCGACCUCGUAUCACGAUUAAUGAUCAAGAAGACAAUGAGGACAGCAGCGAUAUCUUCGACUCAUUCUUGGCAUCUAUAUUUUACUCCUUCGAGAUCACUAAUAUCCAGUUCUGCUGGCUUGUUACUCCUACAAGCGAGCCUGUUGGUGGCGAGGAAGAUCUCGUGCUCUCCUUCCAAAGGAUUGAAUUUGCCACCCGGAAGAAAAAUACAGCAAAGCUGACUAUUGAAAACUUCCAGCUUCAGAUGGUUCCUCCUGACCAAGACAAGAUGCAGCAAUCACACAACUCAGCACUUCUGCCAGAGGUCAUCUUCAAUGUGGCAUUUGUGUCGACGCUUGAUACACGUCGACUCGCGUUCCAAGCUGUCGGGAAGUCCUUAGAUCUGCGUCUAACGUCAGGAUUUAUAGUGCCGGCAGCACACCUGGCUGAUUCGAUUGGUCUUUCAAUAAAAAAUGCACGACAAGCUUCUGCGAACUGGACUUCAAUUGUUGUUACAGAAAAGCCUGCUGUGAAACCCCAUGAGAAGCGUCAACGAACGAUAUUUGGGGGCAAAAGACUGGAAUCAUGCCUCGUGGAUGCAGAUUUCGCGGGUGCUGUGGUCAACCUGUCGAAUAGAAAGCAUAAAGGUGCCGAUGGUCCUCUUCUGUCACGAGCGCAUCGAUCAUCCAUGGCUGGAAAAUACGGCCAAUUCACGGCUGAUGACUCCGGAAGUAGCACAGUGCUUCGCUCGCCUGGCUUAGCAUGGAAGAUUGAGUACAGAGAUGAUGGUAAAGAAGACUCAGCUAUUUAUGGUGAAAUCAAGGUCGAUGCUUCCCGCAACAUCCUUUACCCCACUGUUGUGCCACUGGUCAUGGACAUUACAUCGAGCAUCAAGGAAGUCGUGAGCGAUCAUGGUAAAGAACCCGCGUCUCCCUCCUCUGUGGUUAGUAAGACUGGCCACGCGUCGAAGCCGAAGCUACCCGAGGAAGAUAGCAUCCUCACGGCUGAUCCGAGUGCGGUUCUGGGGCGGACGAAGCUCAACCUUGGACUGCGCAUCUGCAAGCAAGAGUUCACACUCAGUUGUCAACCAAUUGCCAGAGUGGCAGCUACUGCUUGCUUUGAUGAUAUUUACAUCACUGUCAACACUGUUCACUCUGUUGACCAUGGCAACUUCUUUGCCAUCUCCGGAACUUUCACAAAUCUUCAGAUGUCCGUUCAACAUGUGUACUCUCGGGAACACACUGGUCGCUUCGAAGUUGAUUCCGUUGUACUCUCUCUCAUGAACAGCAAGCAUGUCAGCGGCACCAGCGGUGUCUCGGCGAUCCUCAAGGUCAGCCCGAUGAAGGUUGAUAUAAAUGCCAAGCAGCUUCAGGAUUUCUUGUUGUUUCGCGAGAUCUGGGUUCCUCGGGGAGUUAGACAAGCAACGGCAGCACCUGUUUCUACACCAUCACCAGAUGCGACGCAAAGCCAUCUUGUGCAAAGAUACCAGCAGGUGGCAGCGACAGCUGCAUUUCCCUGGACCGCCACCAUAUCUAUUGCUGCUUUGAACGUCAAAGUUGAUCUUGGCCAGUCAAUAGGAAAAUCAACCUUCGACAUCUCUGAUUUCUGGAUGUCAUCGAAGAAGACGUCAGAUUGGGAACAAAACUUAUGUCUUGGUUUUGAAAAUAUCGGUGUCGAUUGUGACGGGCGUCUCAGCGGAUUCGUGGCAUUGCAAGACUUCAGACUGCGGACAUCAAUAGAGUGGCCUGAACGUGAAGCGGCCUUGAACGAGACGCCGCGAGUUCAAGCAUCAGUUAGCUUUAGUCAGUUCAGACUCAAGGCUGCUUUUGAUUAUCAAGUAUUCCUCGUCGCUGACAUCACCUCGAUGGAUUUCCUCAUGUACAACGUGCGGCGACGUAGGGAAGGAAAUGCUGACAGACUUGUGGCUGUUUUUGACGGCGAGGCAGUGCAAAUCUUCGGCAUUGCAACUUCGGCGGCGUCAGGUAUUGCUCUAUGGCAAGCUCUCCAGAAACUCAUACAGGAGCGAAAAUCUCAGUUCGAAAAUUCGCUACGUGACAUUGAGAAGUUUAUGAAGCGAAAGUCGCUUGCAACCCAGCCAACUUUGGUCCAAACCAGUUCUACGAAGUCGACGAAUGAGAUUGCGGUGUCAAAGUCCCCAAUCUCGCUUGACACUGACGUCGUUGUGACGCUGAAAGCUCUCAACCUCGGCAUCUUUCCUGGUACCUUCUCGGACAAGCGUAUCUUCAAACUCGAAGCUCUGAAUGCACAAGCCCGAUUCGCAGCUUCUAUGCAACACCGCCGCAUCCAUAGCAUCCUGGGACUCACACUCGGCCAGUUGCGCAUAGGGUUAGCCGAAGUUCGGCGAGUGUCAGCGCCCAAGUCCAUAUCUGAGCUCACAGUCGAGGAUGUGGUUGCUUCUGCCACAGGCUCACGGGGCGGUACGAUUCUCAAAGUACCUAAAGUUGAAGCUAUCAUGCAGACGUGGCAGCUGCCCGAAUCUCGAAGCAUUGAUUAUAUUUUUAAGUCUGCUUUCGAGGGUAAAGUAGAAGUCGGCUGGAACUACGCAAGAAUUGGCUACAUCCGCAACAUGUGGGCGACACACUCAAAGACUUUGGCUCGAACAUUAGGUCGUGAGCUACCCGAAGUAAGCGCGAUCAAAGUUACUGGUGUUCCAGAGCCGUCGACUUCCGAAGACGGUAAGGCAGCAGACAAGAAAGGGCAGACAAAAAUCACAGCCGAGGUCAACGUACCGCAGUCCAAGUACGAGUAUGUCGCUCUUGAGCCACCUAUUAUUGAGACGCCACAACUUAGGGAUAUGGGUGAGGCAACGCCACCGCUGGAAUGGAUUGGACUGCACCGUGAGAGGCUGCCUAAUCUGACGCAUCAGAUAGUCAUUGUAACUCUAUUGGAGCUCGCCGGUGAGGUGGAAGAUGCAUACGAGAGAAUUUUGGGGUCCUCAUGA